AUGGCUAUCUCUAAGUCGCAGAAUGGAGCCAACGAUGACCUGCUCGUUGUCUUGCCUGACAGCAAGCCAUGGUACACGAAAUCACAUCUCAUCAAGCUGCACUUCUGCAUCUUGUCCUUGUCGUUGUUUUCUUCCGCCAACGGCUAUGACGGGAGUCUCAUGAACGGACUGCAGGCACUACCUCGAUGGGACUCGUUCAUGGAAACUCCAGCCGGUGCUUGGUUGGGCUUUUUGAAUGCCAUCUACUGGCUUGGGAUGGGCCUGUCUUACCCCUUGACUGCGUUUGUGGCCAACAAGUACGGACGCAAACUUGGAGUAUACAUUGGCUACGUCUUUCUAUUCGCAGGAUCCCUGAUUGUUCUGAGCGACAACAACAUUGCAUUCGUGCUAUCUCGGUUCCUUGUUGGUUGCGCUUCGGCCUGGUUCGGAAACGCUGUUCCUCUCCUCAUUAACGAAAUCUCUCACCCGGUCUACAGGGGCAUCCUGAGCGCUCUCUUCAUGUGCGGAUGGUAUGUGGGCGGUACUAUUGCUGCAUUUGUUACUUUUGGUACUCGCAAUGUUGAGAGUGACUGGGCGUGGCGGAUCCCAUCUAUCAUGCAGUUGCUGCUGCCCUUGAUCGCACUACCUGGACUUCUGAUGACGCCUGAGAGCCCUCGCUGGCUUGUAUCUGUCGAUAGAAGCGAACAGGCUCGUACAAUUUUGACAACGUAUCAUGCUGGCGGCGACUCCGCAUCGGCUUUAGUUGAGUAUGAGAUGAUCGAAAUCACAGCUGCCAUCCGCCUCGAUUCAACACUGAAGGACGCAAGCUACACAGAUCUGUUCAAGACAGUAGGCAACCGACGCCGCCUGUUCAUAUCGGUAUCUCUUGGUAUCUUCUCCCAGUGGUGCGGCAACGGUGUUGUUUCGUACUACCUUGCGAUUGUCCUCAGAACUGUAGGCAUCACAAGUGUCACACACCAGACGUUAAUUGCUGGUCUUCUGCAAGUAUGGAAUCUCUUCUUUGCAGUAGGCGCUGCACUUAGUGUCGACCGACUGGGACGCCGCCCCCUCUUCUUAGCUUCAGCAGGCGUCAUGCUCGUGGCGUACAUCCUUGUGACAGCCCUCAGCGGUGCAUUUGCAGAAUCUGGCAGUCCUUCCACAGGUAUUGCUGUCAUCCCCUUCCUGUUCAUCUUCUUCGCUGGCUACGACAUUGCUCUGCUCCGCUCUCACGGUCUGACUGUCACCUGGAUCACAGUAGUAGUCGCCAACUUCUUCAACACCUUUGUUAACCCUAUUGCCCUCGAAGCAAUUGGCUGGAAGUACUAUUUUGUCUUCAUUGUUGUGCUUGUCGCAAUGGGAUUGACAGUGUAUUUCUACUACCCAGAAACCCGUGGCUACACUCUGGAGCACAUGGCAGUCAUUUUCGAUGGCGAUGAUGCAGCGCCCUCGUCUGAGGAAACGGCUGGGAGGGCAUCAAGCGUAGUCUCAAUCUCGGAAAAGAAGAACAACAUCACGAGUGCGCACGAGGAGAAGGUUUGA